UGGGGGACUUUGGCCCAGGAAGAGGCUUCCACCAGCCAAAGUUCAGGCUCUACCCCUGCCGCACGGGCGUGGGGCCAGCUGGAGGUUGGACCCACUGAGAUCUUGGGGCCUCGAGAAGUCAGAUGGGCGACGCUCUGGUCCUACGGGGCGGUGUGGGGGGUUGGGCCAGGGGUGCUCUCACUGUGUCUCUGGUCUCGCCACCUCAGACCGGGGGACACCCAGGUACUGCGGGCCACCACGGAGGCAAUGGAGCGGAGGAGGCGGGACUACCGUGUGGAGCGGCAGCUGCUGGACCAGGAGCAGUGGAGGAUGCGCGAGUGGCUCCUGGGCGACCUGCUGUCUGGCCUGAGUGUGGCCAUCAUGCAGCUGCCACAGGGCCUGGCCUACGCCCUGCUGGCUGGACUGCCCCCCGUGUAUGGCCUCUACAGCUCCUUCUACCCUGUCUUUAUCUACUUCCUGUUUGGCACUUCCCGGCACAUCUCGGUGGGUGAGUGGAGCCAGGCCCAGGCUGACAGGACGAUGCCCACAUCCUCCGCGGAGGGCAGGAUGAGGGAGGGCCGAGCGGGGCAGCUGGGAGACGGCCUGAGGGUUAUUCCCAGGCAGAAUGAGGCCUGUGAGCCAGGGCCGCAGGCACAGCCUGAGGUGUGGCCCUGGACCUCCCUCUCCAUCCCCAGCGAGGUUCCCCAUCCCCCGCAGCAGUGCCAGCCCCCCCUCCCCCCGACUCUGUCCCCGCAGCUCAUCGGGGCCACGGCCAUCUCCUACGGUGUGGGCCUCCAGCACAGGUUCGGGGUGGAUGUCGUGGGCAGCAUCCCGGCAGGGUCCUCUGCGCAUAGACCUGGUGACCCGCCCGCUCACCCUGACCCCCAGGUGGCCGGAGCUGUCUCCUCCCUCUUCAUCCUCAUCAUCAUCCUCAAACUUGGGGAACUCUUCCAAGACCUGCCCAAGGCGGUCCUGGCGGCCAUCAUCAUCGUGAACCUGAAGGGCAUGCUGCUGCAGUUCCGGGACGUCUGCUCCCUGCCCAGGCCCCUUGUUCCUCCUCGUCACCCCUCACGUACCCCCUGCUCGCCAUCUCUCCACAGGCCCCACUAUUCUGUCCUGGGGCAGAUUCCGGACACAGAUGUUUACAGAGACGUGGCCGAGUUCGCAGAGGCCAGGGAGGUCCCGGGUGUGAAGGUCUUCCGCUCCUCGGCCACUGUGUACUUUGCCAAUGCUGACCUGUACAGCGACGCGCUGAAGCAGAGGUGCGGCGUGGAUGUGGACCACCUCAUCUCCCGGAAGAAGAAGCUGCUCCGGAAGCAGGAGCUGAAGCUGAAGCGCCUGCGGAAAAAGGCCCAGAAACAGGCAGGGACCGCGACCAGCCCCAGCCCCCAGCCCGGCACCUGCCUGACCCCCUCUUCCCUGACCCCUGACCCCUUCGGGGUGCCCUCUCCUGUGUGUCCCCCAGUUCCCUCCUGUCUGCAUACAGGAGGCUCCCCAUGUCUGUGUCAUGUGUCCCCUGCACCCCGUGUGUGGGUGGUUCGUGCUUGUCCCAUACCUGCCCUGUGUCCCUGCAUGUCUGUGCGGAUCCCUCCCCCCUCCCCCGGGGGCAGCCUUGAAGGGUGUCUGGCUCCCCAGCAGGUGAGCACGGAGCAUGAACUAGCGGAGCCAGCGGCCAGCGGGCAGGAGGGCGCCCAGGCCCCAGACGGGUGCACACUGAAGAGCCUGGGCCUGCCCCCGCCGGCCUUCCACAGCCUCGUCCUGGACCUGGGCGCCCUCUCCUUCGUGGACACCGUGUGCAUCAAGAGCCUCAAGAACGUAAGGCCGGGCGCCCUUCGGGGCCCUGACCCCUGA